UUCAGGGAGAAGGCUUGUCCUCCCCAUCUCUCGCCUCAUCCCAGCGCCUGCACUCAUUGUGCUGGAGAAGAAACACCUCCUUCGAUGAUGUCCACUGAGCAAAUGCAGCCAUUGGAGCUCUCAGAAGACAGACUGGACAAGCUAGACCCUCGUUGUGACCACUUAGAUGACCUUUCAGACCAGCUCAUUAAAGACUGUGAUCUCAAAAAGAAGCCAAGAAAGGGAAAAAAUGCACAGGUUGCCCUGAAUGUUGAGUCAGACCAAAAGAAACCAAGGAGAAAAGAUACACCAGCAUUGCACAUCCCACCUUUUAUACCAGGUGUGCUUUCAGAACACUUAAUUAAGAGAUACGACAUUCAGGAGAGACACCCAACGGGCAAGAUGAGUCCAGCUCUUCAUAACACUGACCUGGAACCGAAAAAGCCAAGGAGAAAAGACACACCUGCCCUGCACGUGUCCCCCUUUGCAGCAGGUGUGACACUGCUCAGGGACGAGAGACCCAAAGUGAUCAUGGAAGAUGACGAAAAGGAUGGUGACAAGAUAGCUAUUUAAAGAGAGUUCCCCUGAGACCACUUGUAAAUAGGUUAGAUUGGUUCCCGGUGGCGACCUAGAAAAAAAAUAGACUUGCUUCUGCUCUCAUUUUGUGAUAGUCCGCCUUUGAGAUCCAGACACCUUUCCCCCAAGAGGCACGCUGUAUCAGAUUGCCAGGCCCUCUUUGUCUCACUCCUCUUUCUUGAAUCCGGUUUCUAUUCCCACCUCUUGAAUUUUCAUUUUCUGAGGCAGUUGAAAAGGGAACAGAUCAUUCUAAAUUAGGAGGUAACAGGGAAGCUCUAGUGUUCGGUUUCUGCAUCUUCUGGAUCAAUCCAUGGAGCAAAGAAUACGAACAGCAUGGAAAUGCUUUUCUUGGUUUAUGCUGGUGGGCAGGUCUUGACUUCACAUUAUCCAAACAGCAGUUCAAGUGCAGACAGCCUGUUGCCAGUUAGAGAGCUGAGAAUGUUUGGGUAGAGACUCACUGAUUGCUUUGGAGAACAUGGUCUUUUAUCUUUUUUGUCUUUCCUCAAGAGUCCAAGAGUCUCUGGUGACAUUUCCAAGGUCCUUGUAACCAAUCCCAUAACGGUGAGUGAACCAGGGGCGUCACUGCAAUCAAUCAUGCAUUGGCUGAAAAUGCCAGAGAUAUAGGGAGUGCUGGUCUACUGAGAAGCUUAGCAACAUAUCCUAUUUAUUUUUAUUUUUUGAAACAUCUCUUAACCACAUUGUCCUGAGAUUUGUGAGUUGGUCACACGUGAACCAUUGCUAAUGAUAGAAUAUUAUUUGUGAUGAAUUUACUUUUAAAAAAUUAAUUAAGGCCAGUGGAAGGCCACUCCCAUAUGUUUAGCAUUCUCACUUAUGUAGGCCCCCCAUGCUUUCUUGGAUGGGAAGGAAAGAUGUAGUGUUCGCUUCUGAGCAGGGGUCUGUACAGAACCUCUGCUCCAGCCUGCUGUCUGUGGCUGCCGUAGGGAGACUUUGCAUCAUCCAACAGACAACAGACAUAGGGAAAGGCAAAAAUUGUUGUUCAAAAGUAGAAAGGGGGCUAUUCAAACAGAUCUUGCCUAAAAAUGGUCAUUUCCAAGCUCUGUCCACACCCUGGCUCCAAGAGGCUUUCUCACAAAUGUGGAAAAGACGCAGGACACUUCUGAAAAUAA